AUGGGAAACGCCCAACCGCGCGGCGGAGGCUUCCCAGGAGGCUCUGAAGAAGACAAGGAGAAGAAGAAAGAGAGAAAGAGACUCGAGGCGGCUCCACCCACCCACGUCGGAAAGAGAAAGAAGCGAGGAAAGGGACCGGUUGGACACAGCAAGCUUCCCACUGUGACGCCGAUUACAAAGUGUCGCCUGCGUCUCCUCCGUCUCGAGCGCAUCAAAGAUUACCUUCUUCUCGAGGAAGAGUAUAUCACGAACCAGGAGCAACGGAAACCCGCCGAGGAGAAGAACGAGGAAGACGUGAACCGCGUGGACGAACUGCGAGGCUCGCCGCUGAGUGUCGGGAACCUCGAAGAAAUCAUCGACGAGCAGCACGCGAUCGUCUCGUCCUCAAUCGGCCCCGAGUACUACGUCAACAUUCUUUCUUUCGUCGACAAAGACAUUCUCGAGCCAGGAUGCAGCGUCCUCCUCCACAACAAAACGAGCAGCAUCGUGGGAAUUUUGAACGACGAAGUUGAUCCCCUCAUCUCCGUCAUGAAAGUUGAGAAGGCUCCCCUCGAGACUUACGCCGACAUUGGCGGCUUGGAGAAACAGAUUCAGGAAGUGAAGGAAGCGGUCGAGUUCCCUCUGACCCAUCCUGAGUUCUUCGACGACAUCGGCAUCAGUCCACCAAAGGGCGUCAUUCUCUACGGGCCCCCAGGAACAGGAAAGACGCUUCUCGCGAAGGCCGUGGCCAACGAGACUUCCGCGACCUUUCUUCGAGUUGUCGGGAGUGAACUGAUUCAAAAGUACUUGGGAGACGGACCGAAGCUGGUCAGGGAAAUGUUCAAACUCGCCCACGAGCACGCGCCGAGCAUUGUCUUCAUCGACGAAAUCGACGCGGUCGGGACGAAACGGUACGACGCCACGAGCGGAGGAGAGAAAGAGAUUCAGCGAACUAUGCUGGAGUUGCUCAACCAACUCGAUGGCUUCGAAAGCAAAGGAGACGUGAAAGUGAUCAUGGCCACCAAUCGAAUCGAGAGUCUUGACCCUGCGCUCAUUCGACCUGGACGCAUCGACCGAAAGAUUCAGCUGCCGAAUCCAGACACCAAAACAAAGCGGAAGAUCUUCCAGAUUCACACCGCGAAGAUGACCAUGGCGGACGACGUCGACCUCGAGGAGUUUGUCAUGGCGAAGGACGAACUCUCCGGCGCCGACAUCAAGGCGACGUGCACGGAGGCAGGGCUGCUGGCUCUGCGCGAACGGCGCAUGAAGAUCACCCAGGAAGACCUGAGGAAAGCGAAGGAGAAGGCGCUUUACCAGAAGAAGGGAAACAUUCCGGAGAGUCUCUACCUCUGA